AUGCGUCACUACAAGCUUCCCGACGUUAGAGAACAACGACGUAAGUCUUUUGUUCCGCAAGACCUACAGCGUUGUCCGUUCGUUUUUCUUCGCCUUGAUGGUCUCCGCAGACCACUGGAGCGACCUUACGAAGGUCCUUUCAAGGUCCUGCAGCGUAAGGACCGCGUUUUUAUCAUCGACCGUCACGGUAAACGUGAAGCCGUUACAAUUGACCGUCUCAAGGUUGCCCACGUGGAACCUGAGCUCAACGAAGACCCUUACUCGUCUUCUGACGAAUCAACGCAGCCUAUGAUGGAAGACUCGACUGCUUCCAACAUCCCUGACCCCAAGUAUCACGCUCCAUCCAAGCCUUCUACUUCAGCUCCGCCGCUUCCCAUCGAACCAACUGCCACGUCUUCAGCAGUUCCUCCAAUUUUGCGAUCCGAUAGGACGUCUAAGACGACGCCUUCCUCUGAUUCGAACAAGUCGACUAGGUCGGGUAGACGCGUUCAUUGGCCAGCUCGAUUAAGGGAUUAG